GUAAACACUGCUGGCUGUCUGGGCUGGAACAAGGAUCUAGCGAGGUAGGAACAAUCGGUAUAUCAGGCAGGCACGAUGCAGUCUGUCCAAUAGCGCAGGUGCCUCUUCCUGUGAGCAAACACACGAAGAGGGCAGGCACACGGCCCUAGCCACCGCACAAGAAUACUAUAAAGACCAACCAGCGAGUCUUCUCCUUCCCACCUUCCCACCUCUACACUUUCACACGUUAUACCCCACCCCACCACUACCUUCAACCUCUUAUCUCCAUCGACAUCGAUUCAACUGCCAUGCGCUAUCUUCACGUGUUCGCCUUGGUCUCAGCUGCCCUGGUCGCAGCAAGCCCGGCUGCUCCUCCCAAGUCUACUUGCAAUUCCCAAUGUCUCGACUCCUACAACGAGUGUGUAGCAGAGGACCUUGUUACCGAAUGCUAUAGUCGCGUGUGCUUGGUACCUAAGUGCAAGAGUUGCACCUUUUGCAUCGCUCGUCUUUCUCUUGGGCUUGACGGCGGGGAUGCCGGUGCCGAAUUCUCUCAUGGAGAGGAGUGCAAGGACACAUCUGUCUGCAAAACUCCCAUCGAAGUCACUAAGAAUGAUGUCGUCGAGGACACUGAGCCACCCACCUAUGAGGUCUCAACGGGCAUCGAGUCUAUUAGUGAAGGAGCCUCGACCUCUUGCCCCAAGCAAUGCUUUGCGGAUUCCAGGACGUUAUGUGGUUCGCCAAUGUGCAUGCAUUGUAGACACUGCUGGGGAGCACGCAAGAAGCCUCCCACCACCGUGGUCUCCGCCAACAUCGAGGCUCGAGUCGUUGUGGAAGCUCUACACUUCUGUCCCGUUAGCUGCCAAAUCCCUAUCGAUGGAUGUGAGGGGAACAUAGAGUGCCUUGCAGUGAACUGCAAGCACCGUUGUGUCAAGUGUCCUGAGUGCCUACAUCGAGCAGAAAACCUUCUGACCGACCAGUGCUCCGUGGGCAUCUGUAGCUUGCAUGCUCGGUGUGCAGAUGAGGCGUGCCGUACGAACAUAUGCAGCAACAAAGAGUGUGAGGCUUGCCCUAGUUGCACUCAGCAAAUGUCCAAGUGA